AUGUCCUCUUUGCCCAGCUGGCCGGAGGACGUCCUCCUGAGGCUUGCGCAGGAGCUGGACGUCCGCGACCUCAUAAAUCUUCUGGCAACGUGCAAUGCCCUCCAUGCGCUACAACACCACCGCACCCUCUGGAUCUCGGCCGCUGCACGCCUCCGGCAUGUACAGCUCCACCCUCUUCCCGUCCCCAUGGAGCGUCUCGCCCGGCUAACGCUUUCCCAACUGCAAACCGUCGUCCGCCAGGCAAACCGGCUGCUCCAAAACUGGCACUCCCCCCUGCCGCGUCCCACCUGGACACGCGUUUUCUCGGUCGGCCACGCAGGAAAUCCGGGAUUCCGAUCGCUGUUCGGGAUCCCGGGGACAUAUCUCGUGGUCACCGCCGUAUGGGACGAGGCCGACGACAUCACGGUCGUGGUCUGCUGGAAUGUGCGCACCGGUGAGCGCGUUUGCGAAACUACGAUCCGGUCCUUUGUCCUCAAGGCCGCCGAUUCAUGGGGCACAAUUCAGCGCUUCCCAACCCGACAUAAUGAUAAGGAUGCUAGACUUGCGAUCCUCAUUUUGGACUAUACGGACAAAAUGCAUGUCCAUUUCGAGCUCGUUCGGUCCCCUCCAGUCAAGGACGCCGAGUUCAUACCAAUUGUAAACUGGGAGUUCUUCCUCAGCGACAAGCUUUUUGGGUUCAUCACUCCGGGGGGCAUUCACUACUGGACAUUUGACCCAGAACAAGAUGUCCAGCGAACUCCCAGCCCGUGGCAUGACUUGAAUACGGAGAACGGCAUCUGGCUUCUGCGUGGCGUCCACUUAUCCGACCCCGAACUCCCCAUGUCACGGUGCCUGGUGGGAGUCGGAAUUAAAUGGGAAUGCGGAGACAUGACGCUGGACCUGCUGGACCUCAAUUCUGCCCCGCUGGAUCGCUGCGCAACGAGACAGGCGAUCCAGGAAAGCGACCACGAGCACAAGCACACCAUCAGCCACGAUCUUGAUACCAGCAUCAACUGUGUGGCAAGCUACGAAGUGCUGGUCGUGCGUCCCGACUACAACAUCCUCAGUGUAUCUUGCCGGGCAUAUAGAGUCCGCGGGACCCGCGACACGUAUUCCUUCACCCACUUCUGGCCAAUGCCGCCCGCGCUCUCUGGCGGCGGCUGCGCACAAACGACUGACCAUGGCGACUCCGGAGCGGGACCCCUGCGCUCUAUAUGCUUUUCCCACGAGUCCAAGCCGCUGACCCACUUCACCGGUGUGUCCGGCCGCUACGUCGUCCAGCAAGUGCACCACCCCGAUGACCGUGGCCCUGAAUGGGACAGCAUCAACCCCUACCAUCUCGCCCUGGUGUUUCUUGACCCGAAUGGGCAGCCCAACUACCGCAAAUUACCACUGGAGGGCGAGGCGGCGCGCUGCCUGCAGCCUGACCGCUGCAUAUUUGCAGAUUGGGGCAGGGUGCUGGAUGAGACACUAGGGCUGGUUGUUCUGCUUGAUCGAGCUGGAACACUCACAGUCAUAUCAUAUAUGUAA